AUGGCGCCUGCUCCACCCAGAAGGAGAAAAGCUGCUGAACCACUGUCUGGCAGUGGGGUUAAUGUUGCUGCACCAGUUGAGAAGAAGAGCAGAGUUGGAGCAACCUCAGUAACAACAGUUCAAGAGGCUCAAUCUAUAAGUUCUGGAAUCAAUUUGAGGGUUCAACAGGCCAAAAAUGCUGCAGUGGCACAAGCACAACAAGAUGGUGCCACUGGAAACUUUAGGAUCUUUGAUUCACCCUUUGGGAAUUAUCUUGUUCCAGUUGUUCCAACUUCCAAGGAACUGUCUGACUAG